AUGAGUAGUUUGACAGGCUUUGACGACACACCAGGUGCACUUGCUGACCUGUCUCCAGAGGCGUAUCGCUGGACGCUGUCCGUCCUCAACUGUGUGUGCAAGCCGCUGGUAGCCUGCGCCGGACUUCCGGCCAACUGUCUGUGCUGCCUGGUGUUCAUGCGCCAGGGGCUGCGAGAUCGUAUGAACCUUUGCCUGUUCACUCGCUCCCUGGCUGACCUGUGCUACGUCAUCACCUCCCUGCCGCUGAGCUUCGCGGCCUUCGUGGAGCUGGCGGACAAGACCCGCGGGGAGGAGCUGUACUUCCGGUUGCUGAUGCCCAGCGUGGGCGUCAUGCACACGUUCCGCACGCUGUCCGGCAGCGUCAGCCUCUUGGUGGCCGUGGAGCGCUGCCUGUGUGUGGUUCUUCCCUUGCGCGCCAACAGUCUCGUCAGGACCCGCACGGUGGCGCUGGUGUUAGUCAUCCUCUUUGCAUCGUCCUUACUCGGCUUCAGCAUCAAUUUUUUCCAGAAUCGACCUGUGAUGUUCUUGAACAACGUGACAGGUGAGGUUCAGUGGGGGCUUGUCCCGACCUCGAUGUGGCUGAGCCACAAGACUCUGUUCAACGCGAUCGCAGAUGUCUUUUUCAUGAUCGUCACGCCCUUGGCCACCAUGAUGGGCGUAUGUGUCGCGACCCUGAUCACGGUGUACAGGCUGAGGGCCGCCAUGUUGUGGAGGAGGCAGGCCAGCUCCUCCAGCAUCCAGCGUCAGGAGCACCAGGUGGCAUUGACCUCCAUGCUGGUGCUGGUGUCGUGCGUGUACAUCGUCUGCAUGAUCCCAAUGUCGGUCUUGACCGUCGCUCGUUUGUGCGUGCCCGAGUUCUCUGCCUCUGGGCGGUAUUCGUAUAUGUAUCUAACUAUCACCAGCAUCGCAUUUUACGUCACCUACGUCGACAGCUCGCUCAACAUAGUCGUCUACUACUCUCGCUCAUCGCGCUUUAGGCAGGAGAUGAAGGCGCUCGGCAAGAUUCGGGUGUGGCUGCGCGAUCAGUCUGCCACCCGUCUCGCGAGAUUGUAUCGGAACCUUCUUUCCUGCAGGUCGAAGAGUAUUACCGCAUAGCACGCACACCUGGACAUCUGAACGCAUGUUCACACCCAGAACA